AUGUCGUCGUCCUCGGCAAUGCCGCCGCCGGCGUCGCCACGGGAGCACGUGGAGAGGAUCCGGCCGGAGCGCUACUUCAUCGGGCGCGGCGAGCAGAACCCGCGGGCGGAGGACAUGCACCAGGUCGUCAACUACCUGUCGCAGGAGCUCUACUCCAAGGACGUCCACUUCCUCAUGGGGCUCGUGCAGGUAAUCGGCGCAUCUUGCUGUCGCUGUUCUCUUGUGUGA